AUGGGUUUAAGCUGAAAAAGGGGAGAUUUAGACCAGAUGUAGAAAUUUUUCACUAUGAGGGCGGUGAGCCCCUGGCCCAGGUUGCCCAGAGAAGCUGUGGCCACCCCAUCCCUGGAGGGGUUCAAGGCCAGGUUGGACGGGGCUUUGGGCAACCUGGGCUGGUUGAAGAUGUCCCCACUCAUGGCAGGGGAUGGCACUGGGUGGCCUUUAAGGUCCCUUCCAACCCAAAUCCUUCUAUGAUAAAAAGUGGGGUCUCCCACCCAGGGUGGCCCUUGCCAUGCUGCCCCAAUGCGGUCGGGCAGAGCGGGCAGCCCCGGCUCCUUCUGCCUCGGUGCCCAGCGCAGAAGGCAGAUGCCAGGCUCUGUCUGGCUGCUGCCCUUCAGAAGAGGAACUACCCUUCCCUGCUUACAGCACGCCCCUGACAGCAUUCUGCCCACGCUGUCCCGAAAACGGGGCAGGAUGUGACCCUGUGAUCGCCACCGAGGUGGGAGGGACAGGAGAGGACGGCGGCGAGCACGGACCCCAAGAAGGACGGGCCAUUUGCCUGCAAGCCGUGCCUCGUGGCCGCGCUCUGCCUCUUCGCUCCCCGCAACCGAAACUGCACCCCUGCCUGCAGCCACCAAAAAGAGAAGCGGGGCCGGGGGGGACACCGGGAGGAACCCCCCCACCCCCCCCCCCCGAGAUGGCCACCAACUUCAGUCACUGCAAGAACUUCAGCGGCUUCCAGGAGUCGCUGUGGCCGGUGCUGGCGGUGCAAUUCCCAGCGGCGCUGGUGGGUAACGGCGUCGCCGUCUACCGUUUCCUCGCCCAUGAGCGCUCCUGGCACAGCGGCAUCGUCUAUUCCUUCCACCUGGCCGUCAGCGGGAUGCUCUACUCCCUCUCCCUGCCCUUUCUGGUGGCGUAUUACUACCCGCCCAAGCACUGGCGCUACGGACUGGUGCUGUGCAAGCUGGAACGUUUCCUUUUCAACUGCAACCUCUACGGCGGCAUCUUCUUCGUCACCUGCAUCAGCCUCAACCGCUACCUCGGCAUCGUUCACCCGCUGCGGGUCCACGGGAGGUUGCGGCCACACCACGCCAAGGUGCUGAGCGCGGUUAUUUGGGUGCUGGCUGGGGUGUUUUCGGCACCCACCCUUUUUUUUGCGGAGCUGCAAGAAGUGGAGGGUGCAACCGAGUGUUUGGGGAGUGCGGUCCCGCGGCGGCUGCGGGAGUUUUAUCCCUACAGCCUGGUGCUGGCCGCCCUGGGCUGCGGGCUGCCCUUCCUGCUCACCACCUCCUGCUACGCCGCCAUUAUCCGCACCGUUUUCCGUAAUCCUCACCUCAGCCAGCCAGAAAAACGCAAGGUGGGAAUACUGGUGGGGGUGGGAGUGGCUCUUUAUGCCUUUUCCUACUUGCCCUACCAUAUUUUCCGUAACCUCAAUUUGCGGCAGCGCCUGCUGCCCCGGGGCACGGAGGACUGCACCUUUUCCAGAACCAUCCACACCACCGCGCAGGUCUGCAAGAUCCUCGUUAACCUCAACGUCUGCCUGCACCCGCUGCUCUACGCCGCCCUGGCCGACAGCAUGCAGAGCUGCUGCGGUGCCGGCUGCAGCACCGGCUCUGCCGCCAAAGAGCCAGCUGAGCACGUGGAGCUGCGGCCGGCAACCUAGGAGCCCCCCGGGGUGGCCCAAUGCAGCCAGUACAGGGCCCAGCGUAGCCCUUGGGCACAUGUUUCCCUCCUGCAAAGGGCAGCAGUAACAUGGGAGAAGCGAGAUUAAAACCGAAACCACAAGCACAGCCUCGCGUGUCACCCUUUUUUGGCAGAGAUCCCCCUUUUUCCUCGCUGAAAAGCUGGGGCUGAGACUAAAAAACAAGGAACGGCGGCACCGUGCCCUU